ACAGAACCCAGCAGCUCCCAGUCUUCUCUGGUCUUGGAUGAGCGAAAGUUAGCAGAAGAUCUCUCACCUACUCAAAUAGAUAUCGGUCAGUUCGGUUCUUUAAAAGAAGACACAAAAAUGUCAAUUUCUGAAGGCACUGUUUCUGACAAGUCUGCAACUCCAGUAGAUGAGGUUGUAGCAGAAGACACCUAUUCCCAUAUAGAAGGAGUGGCUUCUGUCUCUACCGCCACUUUUUUUCCAGAACCAACUACUGAUGAUGUAUCUCCUUCUUUGCAUGCUGAGGUUGGAUCCCCCCACUCUACUGAAGUUGAUGAUUCCCUUUCAGUGUCAAUUGUACAAACACCAACAAUGUUUCAGGAAACAGACAUGUCUCCAUCUAAGGAAGAGUGCCCAAGGCCCAUGUCAAUUUCUCCACCAGAUUUCUCACUGCAAAAAACUGCAAAAUCAAGAACUCCAGUGCACAAUCACAGAUCUCCUGAGCAGUCAAUUAUGUCAGUAGAAUUUGGUCAGGAGUCCCCUGAGCAGUCUUUAGCAAUGGGUUUUAGUAGGCAAUCUCCAGACUAUCCUACUGUAGGCACUAGUAUACACCAUAUAUCUGAAAAUGGGCCAACAGAAGUAGAUUAUAGCCCUUCAGAUAUACAGGAGCCUAUUUUUGCACAGAAGAUUUCCCCUGUGGAGCAGUCAUCUUACUUUCAGGAGAAGGAUAUUUCAGAAGUUAUUUCAGUUUCUCAAAUUGAAGCUUCAUCCUCAACUUCAUCAGCUCAUACACCUUCCCAGUUAACUUCACCACUGCCAGAAGAAACUUUUUCAGGUGCUGUUCCACCCAGAGAUAUGUCAUUACAUUCUUCUUUUACUUCAGAAAAGAUGCAGAGCCUAGGAGAAAAGCUGUCACCAAAGUCUGAUCUCUCUCUAUUAACUCCAAGAGAAUCUUCUCCUGUCUACUCUCCUAGUUUUUCAGAUUCACCUCCUGCAGUCACAGCAGCAGUGUCAGCUAGUUACAUAUCUUCAUUGUCGCUGCAAGUGUCUUCUAUCAAAGCAUUUGGUUACCAGGAACCCCUAACAAAGCACAGUCCAGAACCUUUAAUCAGCCCAGAAAAAGAAGAUUCAGAGAAAAGCAGCAAGUCACCAGAAGAACUUAGUUAUUCUUACAAGGCCACCGAGAAAACUACUAGAUCACCAGAGGAUGUUAGCUACUCCUGUGAGGCAGUUGCAAAAUCUAGAUCACCUCAGGCCACAGAUUAUUCCUAUGAGAGAACUAGGAAAUCUACCAUAUCACCCAAUACUAUGGAUUACUCCUAUGAGACAACAGGGAAAGCCACCAGCUCACCUGAAGCCACAGAUUACUCAUUUGAGACAAAUGGGAAAAUCACCAGGUCAUUCGAAGCUACCAGCUAUUCCUAUGAAGCAAGUGCACAUUUUACUCCAGGAAAAUCAUUAGCAGAAUCCCGUCAAGAUGUUGACUUAUGCCUUAUGUCCUCCAGUGAAUAUAAAUAUCCUAAAACUGAACUUUCACCAUCAUUUAUCAACCCAAAUCUCCUUGAGUGGUUUGCAAGUGAAGAACAGCCUCAACAUCAAGAGAAGCCAUUAACUCAAUCUGGGGGAGCCCAGCCACCUUCUGGGGUAAAGCAACAAGGGCGACAGUGUGAUGAAACCCCUCCCACAUCCAUGAGUGAGUCUGCCCCAUCUCAAACCGAUUCAGAUGUUCCCCCCGAGACUGAGGAAUGCCCUUCCAUCACUGCAGAUGCUAACAUUGACUCGGAAGAUGAGUCAGAAACAAUUCCUACGGAAAAGACCAUUACAUACAAACAAAUUGACCCACCACCUGUCCCAAUGCAGGAUCACAGCCCUUCCCCUAGGCACCCUGAUGUCUCCAUGGUUGAUCCAGAGACUUUGCCCACUGACCAGUAUUCGGGUAAACCUUUGAGGAAGGACCUCAAAGAAAAGACAAAGGCAAAAAAGCAGAGUACUAAGACCAAGUUGUCUUCUCCUGUUAAAAAAAGUGAUGGUAAAUCAAAACAAGUGCCUUCACCAAAACCAACUGUAAAAGAAUCUUUAGACAAAAUUUCCAAAACAGCUUCUCCAAAAAAGAAGGAGUCUGUGGAGAAAGGAACCAAAAAUAUCUCUAAUCCAGAAGUAAAGUCUCGAGUGGAAGACAAAGUUAAGGACACCAAGAAUGCAGCAAAUACAACAACGUCCAAGUCAGCAAAGACUGCAACCACAGAACCUGGGAAUAGUAAGUCAGUAAAAUCUAUAGCAGUGCCGCCAGGACCUCCAGUGUAUUUGGAUCUGGUGUACAUUCCCAACCACAGCAAUAAGAAGAAUGUCGAUGUCGAGUUUUUCAAGAGGGUACGGUCAUCCUACUAUGUGGUGAGUGGGAACGAUUCUGCAGCUGAGGAGCCAAGCAGGACUGUUCUGGACUCCCUGCUGGAGGGCAAGGCCCAGUGGGAGAAUAACAUGCAGGUGACCUUAAUCCCAACCCAUGACUCAGAAGUGAUGAGGGAAUGGUACCAAGAGACCCAUGAGCAGCAGCAGGACCUCAACAUCAUGGUUUUGGCAAGCAGCAGCACUGUUGUUAUGCAAGAUGAAUCUUUUCCCGCAUGCAAGAUUGAACUGUAA